UAAAAUAAAUAAACUGUCUUGAUCCUUUACAACAAAUUUUAAAGGUAUAUUUUCUUUUAAGAUUUGAGAGAAAAGGUAGCGAAAUCUUGGAUGUGACAGUCGCAAGCAAUAAAUGUGAACUACAGCGAAAGAGUGUAAUUUAUUUUUUACAAUAUUUACGUAUGAAAGCAAACUUGUCAAAUAUGAACGCGUUGCGACAAUUCUAUAUGGAGAUACCGAUUGUUACUCGGGCAUAUACUACGGUCUGUGUGCUCACAACGUUGGCUGUGCACCUAGAUCUAGUGUCGCCGCUGCAGCUGUACUUUAAUCCCACAUUAAUAGUGCGGAAGUUUCAAAUUUGGCGCCUGGCCACAACAUUCCUAUACUUUGGCACUAUUGGCAUUAGUUUCUUCUUCAACAUGGUAUUUACAUAUCGUUAUUGCCGCAUGCUGGAGGACGGUUCAUUUAGAGGGCGCAGUUCUGACUUUGUCAUGAUGUUUGUAUUUGGAGCCGUGUUAAUGACCUUCUUUGGCAUCUUUGUCAAUCUGCUAUUUUUGGGUCAGGCAUUUACCUUAAUGUUGGUGUAUGUGUGGUCCAGACGUAAUCCAAUGGUGCCAAUGAAUUUCUUCGGUGUACUUAACUUUCAGGCACCCUAUUUGCCAUGGGUUUUACUAUGCUGCUCGAUGAUAUUGGGUAAUACAGUGUGGGUGGAUAUUAUUGGCAUGGGUGUUGGUCACAUUUACUAUGUUCUGGAAGAUGUGUAUCCUCAACUCUCCAAUGGGUAUCGAUUGAUUAAAACUCCAUAUUUCUUAAAGCGUAUUUUUAAUGAGCAUGUUGAGCGAAAUUACCAGGCACCGAUGGAGGAUCGGCCAGGCGGAUUUAUGUGGGGUGGCGAUGGGCAACAAAUAAUAGCCGAGCCUGAUCAAAAUGGGGAUGCAGAUGCUGCAGAGCGUCGAGAGCCACCAGCACAAUAACAAAUAAAUCAUAUGUAUUAGUUGUUGAUAAAUUGUGUUAUAAGCGCAUUGACAAAGAACACAAUCUGACACGAGACCCUUAUUUACAUGCAAGAGAAAAAAAGAUGUGCGGUGUGUAAUAGUUAGCCAAAGUUGAUUCAAAAUAGUAGUGUUGGAAUGAUGUAUAACAAGACGUUUUUAAUAAAAGAAAGUUAAUUAUUUUAUUGUACAGUA